AUGAACUCAGAGUAUACCCCGGUGAGUAAGCAGCGGACGGGCAGUGAUAUCUCAAGGAAAGUGGUAGACAAUCAUGAAGAUUCAGAUAUGCUUCUGGCUUCCAGAUCUCGUUUGCAGAAUCCAGAUUACUUCGAUAAGCAAUGGAAAGAGUAUCUAUUUGUAAUAUCUUCGAUGCUCUCGCAACUGCUCAACCAGGCCGCAGCUCUACAAGCGAACCCGUUAUUUGACUUGCUAUCCGAGGAUCUGAAAGCGAAGGCGUCCCAGCAAGCUUGGCUGAUGGCCUCGUUCCCGCUGGUUUCGGGUUCUUUCAUUUUGGUUAGCGGCAAGGUCGGGGACAUCUACGGCCUCAAGAAAACACUUCUUGGAGGUUACGCGGUCGUGGUGAUUUGGUCAUUGAUCUGCGGACUAAGCUCUUAUGCUCAUAACGUUGACUUCUUCAUUGUUGCGAGGUCCUUCCAGGGCCUAGGCAUUGCAUUUGUGCUUCCAAACGUCACAGGAAUAGUAGGGAACAUCUACAAACCAAACACUAAAGCCAAGAACAUGGUUUUCAGUAUGAUCGGGGCCUGUGCGCCUAUUGGAGCCACUUUGGGUUGUCUGUUUUCUGGGCUAAUAGGAACUGAAAGUGAAGCUUGGGCCUGGACUUUUUAUGCAUAUACCAUUGUCGCCGCUUUGAACGGCUUAAUUGCAUGGUAUGUUAUUCCCGAUAACAUUCCAACAAAUGUUCACAAGUUUAAAAUGGACUGGCUAGGAUCCUUCUUAGGCGUUUGCGGCCUUAUCAUGUUCAAUUUUGUUUGGAAUCAAGCGCCGACUGACGGCUGGGACAGUGCUUACAUUAUCGUUCUCCUCGUUAUAUCGGUAAUUCUUCUGUUAAUUUUUAUCAUAUUCGAAGCCAGGUUCGCAAAAGAGCCGCUUCUGCCGCGCGCGGUCUUAUUCAACCGUAAGCUGAUGAUGAUCUUAGCUUCCCUGUUCUUGGGCUGGGGCUCAUUUGGAAUUUGGACCUACUACUAUAUGGCUUUUGUGUUGAACCUAAGACACUACACACCAUUGUGGGCAGGCGGAUCAUAUUUCAUGUUUGCAAUUUUCGGAACAAUUGCUGCUUUCCUUGUUGGACAUACCAUUCACAAAACCGGCCCUGCAAUCAUCCUAUUAGCCUCAGUUAUAGCUUUUGACGUGGGCUGUAUAAUGCUGUCAGUGACGCCAGUUGACCAAACGUACUUUCGCAUGAGUCUUGGCACUAUGGUUAUUCUGAGCUUCGGAAUGGAUCUCUCAUUUCCGGCUUCUUCCAUUAUACUGAGCGACCAGCUACCUAGUCAGUAUCAAGGAAUGGCUGGCUCUCUCGUCAAUACCAUGAUCAACUACUCCAUGUCACUGUGUUUGGGCGUAAGCGGAACUGCGGAGCGUCAAGUCAACAAGGAUGGCACAGAUCUUCUUAAGGGAUAUAGAGCUGCUCUAUACGUAGGAAUCGGUCUGGCAUCAGUUGGUAUUUUUGUUAGCGGGGCCUAUGCAAUCGAAGAUUGGUGGACCAGAAGGAGGGAGCGGUCUGUAAGGAUAAAGUUAGACGAAAAGCACCAAGAAUGA